CUGCAUCAUAACAGCCGCUAGUAGCUCGAGUAGCACCCUGGAUCUUUGCGGUGACCGGGUGACAGGAUAAUCGUAGCUAAUUAUAACAGAUAAUAACUCUAGACUUCAAACCAGGUAAAAAUACGAUAUCAAGACAACUCUACGAAUACCAACUGUAUUCAGAUCACCUUCUUCGAACCGCUGGGAUAUGGCCAGACAAGAACAGGUUUUGCUCUUGGAGCCACAGCACGAACUGAAAUUCCGAGGUCCAUUCUCAGACGUCGUCACCACGACUCUCAAACUCUCCAACCCGACAGACAGGAAUGUGUGUUUCAAGGUGAAGACGACUGCGCCGCGCCGGUACUGCGUGCGGCCGAACAGCGGCGUCAUCGAUGCGGGGACCUCCAUCAAUGUCUCAGUCAUGCUGCAGCCCUUCGACUACGACCCCAAUGAGAAGAGCAAACACAAGUUCAUGGUUCAGUCCAUGCUGGCUCCGCCUGAGAUGACUGACAUGGAGGGAGUGUGGAAGGAAGCCAAGCCGGAGGAGCUGAUGGACUCUAAGCUGAGGUGCAAUUUUGAGCUGCCGGCGGAGAAUGAUAAAACGCACGACAUGGACUCCUCCAAGAUGAUGUCGUCCAGCCUGCUGAAGUCCGAGUCCUCCACCCUGUCCAUGAAGUCCAUGGGCUCCACCCUGGACGACGGAGAGGUCAGGAAGAUCAUGGAGGAAUGCAAGAGGCUGCAAAUGGAGGCCCAGAGGCUACGAGAAGAGAACAAACAGAUCAGGGAAGAUGAUGGGCUGCGGAUGAGGAAGAGCAAUGUGAUGUCAUCCCAGCACUCCGCCUCCUCCUCGGUCGGCAUGGUGAAGGAGGAGGGGCUUAGCGCUCGCACAGUGGCGCUCAUCGUCCUCUUCUUCGUGGUCGGCGUGGUUGUCGGCAAGCUGGUAUUGUAGAGCGUGGUUGCCGUGGCGAUGGCUGCAACUGCGUUGCCGUGGUGACAGCAUGCUUCGGGGGACGAAAAACAAAACAAACAGGGAUUCGGGAUUUUUGAUGAGAAAUGCCAUAUCAAUGGGCUACUUUUGAUUCUGUCAUUUAUGUAAAAAUUCUAAGGAGAUAUGUAAAAAAAAAAAAAAAAAAAAGGCAUCAUGUUAUGAACAAACAAACGGUCACUGGUCUUGCCUCAAUGUAACCAUUACAUAAUCAUCCUGGCGUUCCUCCCAAACUUCCAAAUGUACUGAUGAUGACCGCAGUAAGGGACUGCUGAAUCCAGGGAGAUGCUAGCUGUUCAGUCCCUCAUCCCUAUGGAGUUACCAACCACUGAGGGAGCGGUAUCUCUCACUUUACAUUGUGUGAAUAUCGUUUUAACGUACCGCCUUUUCCUUCUCUAAACCAUGGAAACCAGACCUAGUUCAUGUACCCACCCCUCUGUACUGUGUUGCCAGGUGUGCAGCACUCCUUUCAGCUAAUCCCCUUUUCAUGCAGGGCUACUGUCAAUCAAAUUGACCAACCCAGUCAGAGUCUUUGUGUAGACAGGAUCCUUCCUGAUUGGGGGAUAUAUUUGAUUGAUCCAUACCAUUUGUCCCUCCUCCCAGUUUUGUGUUUUUGUGGAGGGAACGUGGCAGCCCUUCCCUUGAUCCCUGACCAGAGAAGACAGAGGUGUCUUGAUUGCAUGCGUCCACAAAGAUUGUUGGAGUUUGACAUUUAAUUUAAUGGCUUUUUAUCAUUGUCGUCAUAUGUCUCUCAGCUGUAGAUUUGCACAGCUCAAUUUUCGGAUUUUCUCGCUCUCUUUUUUUGUGUGCAUUUUUAUGAUUUGGUGAUUCAUGUUUAUAGAACGGAGGCGUUACAAGCUAACCUAGCUGGCUAGCUGGUAGAGCUUGAGGUGGGUACAACUGGCUCCUGACUCCAACACUUCAUGGGGAUAAGCCUUUUGCCUUGUGACCUGUAUGGUCAAGUUAUUCUUGGGCAGAGAGAGAGAGAAAAAUACAUACAUAGAGACACAGAGCGAGAGAGAGAGACACAGAGAGAGAGAGACAGAGAGAGACAGAGAGAGAGAGAGCUGUGGGACAGAUGAGAGUAGAAGUGAUUAUUGUAGGGAGGUUUACUAAAUUUUUACCAAGUAGCAAUACUGAUGUGUCAUGUGAUGUCAAACCGCUCGUCUGUUGCUGCUGGCUGUUAGGAUAAAAGCCUGUCUGUGAUCAGAACCGUGUUCCAUGCUGUCUGUCUGUCUGUCUGCCCACAUUCUCUCCAUCUCCCCAUCUAUGAAAAAUACACCUCAGACUGUAUUCAUCUUCCCUCCCCUCCUCCGAUCAACUCUUCUUCUCUGCUGUACCUUUGCAUCUCCUUCUCCACGUUCAUCUUGCCCCUCUCUGCUCCACUUCACUCUGCUCAUCCUCCCUUCACCUGCUGACUUCUGGAAGAGUGAGUGAAUGUUUGUUCUAUCGUUAUUGGUUCAGCCAUCACAGCGCUACACUCAUCUUCAUUGUCAUGCACUAAUAGUCCAAAUCAUGUUUCCCCCAGUUCCUACCCAUCCCAUAAUAGCACCCCUGUUAGUUUGCUUCUGUCUGUGUUGUCAGUCAUAGGGAGAGUAUUGUAUCUCAACAGGCGCUAUCCUCAAGGGACCACAUUGUCACAAGUCCAGCUUCUGCCAGGAUGCAAGAAAAAGGGGGGGGUGGGGGUGGGUAAGAGGAUAAUGUUUGAUGUCAUAAAUUCCACCCAGUAAACUAUUGUUUGAUCUCAACGAAGAAGAGGAGCUGUAGAGAGAGUGAAGCAGAGUGGAGUAUAUAGAAAGCUUAUUUCUUACUGGUCAGAUAUGUGAGGAGGAGGAGAGGAUGGAGAAACAAAGAAGGUGUAUUCUACUCUAGCUAAAUGCACGAGGGGACCGAAAGUAACAAGGAAGCUGCUGUAAUCUUAUGUAAGCUACUGUAAUAAUCUGUAUUUAGCGGGGGGAGAAGUGGAGACGAAGGUAGUGGAUUCUACUUAACCUACAAAGGAGACACUAUUGUUCUGCUGUAACUACACGUUAACUCAAGGAGAAGUAAAGAGAGACCUAGUGCAUUCUACUUAACCCACAGCGAAGAGCAGAGGGGGGGGGGGGCAGAGAGAGAGGGAAGGGUACACUCUGCUUUACUUAAUAAAAGAGUAGUGAAAGGAAAAGAGAAAUGGUUUGUUGUGUGUGUAGUGAGGAGUGGAGGGGGCUCUGUUAUCUGGCCGGCGUCCUCCCUCCCCCCCCCCCCCCCCCCUCCUCUGGAGUAAACCUCAGAUCCAACAGACCUGGAUGAGCUGAAGAAUGUUCUCGUCUACACCCGUUGUCACCGGUCAUGUCAGAUCAGUGGUUUCUCCAAGGCAGAGAGGAAGAAGGAAAUGAUGUGUUCCUGGAGAGUGUGGCUGGCCCUUGAUGUGAGGAAGACUUGCAGUGUAGAGCGAGGGCAAAGCAGGUGACCAGCUCCCCGGUGACCUGGGCGCUCGGAAUAACUGGGUUCCCAUGCGACAGCCAAGACAGUUUUAAGACGUGUUAGAAUGUUUUAGAAGUUCUCUCAGUUUGAAGAUGUAACAUGUCAGAGCGCAGAACUGAGAAGGCCAUUUGAAAACCAAACAUUCCAUUCUAAAGCAGCUUCAAACUGCUUGGCUGUGAACCCAGCAGCACAUCACACAGAGGCUCCUGUCAGCUUCUGCCUCUGGAUAUCUCCAUGAUCUAUGUAAGCAGUCCGGCAACUGUUUUGUAUGUAUAUAAAUAAAUAAGUCUAUCUGAAAAGAUUAAUAUUCCUAGUCAAGUUAGUCUCUGGUGUAUAAAAAAAACCAACCACCUUGUUGGACUAUGUAGCAUCUUAAUAAAUUAAAUGAAUUAAAGUC